UAGAGAUAUCAGAGCUCAUUCACUCCACAUUUAUUUUCAUAUUAUUCUUUUCCAAUUUUCCAAUUUAUUUAUGAGUUCGACACUAGAGCACUUUAGCCAUCCUGAGCAUCCCCUAAGAUUAAAAGAGGAUGUUGUUGUUGAAGCUAAUGCUACCUGUUCUGUUUGCGACGAAUCCGUUAUUGGCUCUCCUACAUAUACAUGCAGCAGCAACAAUAUCGGUUGUGAAAGUUUCUACCUCCAUAAGAGCUGUGCUCAACUUCCCACCGAGAUUGUUCGCCCUAUGAAAGACCCACACCCGCUUGCUCUACUACCACGGCCUUACGGUUGCUCUUGUGAUAUUUGUGGUCGUAGAAAUCUCAAGUUCGCUUAUGCAUGUGCGGAUUGUAAUUUUGACAUAUGUGUCAUUUGCGGUGCUGUUUCUCAAGACAGAGUGAUUAGUCAUCAAGGUCAUCCGGAGCACACACUCACCUUGCAGAGGCGAGCUUUGUUUAGCUGUGAUGCUUGUUUCGAGGAAACCAAAGAUUAUUCCUAUGUAUGCCUCCCCUGUGAUUUUUGGAUUCACAAAAAGUGUGCGGCUUCUCCUCCCAUAAUUCCAACUCCUGCUUAUCACCAUCAUCCCCUCACUCUUAUCUUCUCUAUUCCAGUGGAGCAUCGCUACUUCCCUCGUCGCUGCACCAUCUGCAAAGAAUGGAUUCCAAUCCUCAGUUGGUCGUAUUACUGUAAGAAAUGCACAUUCUUUGUGCAUUUGAAAUGUUCUACGUCCACAAUAUCUUUCCGAAACGAGAUGGAAGAAAAUGUCAUCGUUGAUAAUGAUUCUGAUGCGGUACAAUUUCCACUACCGGGCGUGGAAUCACUAUUUGAUCUUAUUAUCACCCAAUAUAUCAAGUUUCAAGUUGAAAUUCAAGGUGGUGAUGAAAACAGGGCAACUAUAUCAACAGUGAAUGACGAUCCCCAUAUUAUUCUAGGACAUUGGAGUCACGAGGAGCAUCCACUAGAACUGCUCCAGUUCACUAUUAGUGUGGAUCAUAACGACGACGAUGAUAACAAUGACAAUGAUGCUGAUAAAAAGGCGUUGAUAUGUGAUGGGUGCGUUCAACCCAUAACAAUGUCUCAUCCAAGUUACUAUGCGUGCAUUGAAUGUGGUUUCUUCCUCCAUUCCUUCUGUGCCAAUAAGCUGCCAAGUGAGUUGCCUGCAGGAGCAUCUCCUUUUCACCCCCACCAUUCACUCCUUCUCAACCAACGGCUAGAAUUCUAUAAUCUUGUGCAAUGCGGAUUUUGCAAAAGCAUCACGAACGGGUUCUACUAUGAAUGUAAGACUUGUGAUAUCAAGGUCGAUAUUCGCUGUGUAUUCUUGCCCACCAGAAUCAGGCAUCAAUCUCACAAACACCACUCCCUCAUUCAGCGCCCAUCCACCAGGAAAAUAUGUAGUGUAAGUGGUAUUUCUAUUACUCAUACAUUGGUAUAUGCAUGCGAAACUUGCAGGAGCUUCGAGAUUAGUGUAGAUUGUGCAUUUUAUCCAAACAGGAUGAAACACAAAUAUGACGAUCACUCUCUAAUCUUAAGACUCCCUCCAUUCUUCUACGAGGGAGUAUUCUAUUGUCAAAUUUGUGAAGAACAAGUUAACAAUCAGUUGUGGCUUUAUCAUUGUGAUGAAUGUGAUCAGUCUUUUCACAACUAUUGUCUCUGUUCAUAUUUUAAUGGAAAGCUAGGAGGAACCAUCGAACGUAUUAUUGACAAUCAAACACACAAACUUGCCUUGGUCAUAAAGCAAAUAACAAGAGCUAAUUCUCCACCAUUCUCUUGUGCUUUUUGUGGACGUGGCUACAUAAUGAUGUUCUUUUUCGAGUGUCAAGGAUGCGGAUUUCUUGCCUGCAUCUUCUGUUGUAUAAGAAGAGCACAUGGUGCAAAUAAGUUGAGAUCUCCCCAGGCUUAAUUCUGAUCUCCACUCCCUCGUCAUCUGUUAUUUGUAUUCUUUUGGUUUCGUGUUUUGUAAUAUUUGCUAAUAUGCUUUUUUCUUUUUAAGUAAUAUCUCCGAUGUCCUCAUCUCUGUCGACAGAGUAUCUACUUACUCAGUCAUAUGAUUCCUAGUUUAUUCAUAGAAGGGUAGAAUUCUCCCAGCACAGCUAUGAAUUUACCUCUUAUAUAUUUUAAACAAGAGAUUUAAAACCAAAAAAUUAACAAAUAAUAGGUUCUUCAGUUUCUGCAAAGAUUAUGUAGUUACUCAUUGAACUUCUACAUAGCCCUGAAACUAGUAUGUUUGGAUCAUCUUAAAAUCAUAAUAGUGGUUCACAUUAAUUUACGAUCAUAUUUGCA